AUGAACGAGGAUCGUCAGUGGAUUUUCGACCUGGAAAAUCAUGGAAUCGACGGAGCGAUAAAGCUUCGGCAGUUGUUGUUAAAUUCAACAAAUAUUUUGAGAACGAUUGCUGAUUUUCAGGAACGGAAUUCUGUUAAAAAAGACAAUUUAGAACCGGCAAUGAAAUUGCUUGAUAUUCUUGGCGUUAGAAGAGCUGAAUUCCAUGAAUUGGCAAUAGCUGAUGCAACUGAGAAAAUACUCGCAAAAUUAAAAUCACUGGGAUCACAGAAUACCAAAGAAUCGAUAUUAAAACUAGAGAAACAAUUGGAGAAAAGUUUUAAAUUAUAUCGUGUUCCGAAAAUGCGUCCAAUUAUUCUUGAAACCUUACGGCAAUUACCUAAAGUACCUGAUAGAUAUUUAAAAAUAAUAGUAGCCGAUAAAGAAUUCUAUGAAUGUUGUGCAAUGUCAGUACGGCAGCAGAUCUGGCUAAAAAAUGAUUUGUUUUAUUUGGAAGCAGUAGCACCAGUCAUUGACCGAUAUAUAAUUGAUAAAAAUAAAACGUUUUAUGCGAUUGAUCAAACAUCAACUAAUUUCUUUACUUCUGAAACGACGAAGUCAAGGCGACAGUGGCAAUCAGUACAAGAUUUGGUCGCAAUGGUGGGAGAUCGCGAAUAUCUUUAUACUCGCCUCAUUGCUAUAUUACGUGACGCUUUUAUAAAAACAAAGGACUUUAAUUUUUGUUCACUGCGGAUGGAAAUUGUUAUGGCUGUUCAUGAUAACAAAGUUUCGGUGGAUAAAAUCGGCAAGAUUUCGCUUUAUCCUUGUCAUGACCUUGCAUGGUGCCUUGAUGCUUGUGUUCGAGAUAGACAUUUGGAUGCUCAGUUAACGAAUAAAUUAAAAAAUAUACUGGAUUCAGCGAAGCAAAAAUCUGCUGAGGUGGUCGGUGAUCUUGCAAUGAUAGCUGCUGAUGUUCACGUUGUUCAUUUUCUUGCUUCAAUGGCUGUAAAAAUACUCAAAGAUAUUGCGGUGCAAGGAAUUCAUUUGCCUCGUGAAGUGCAAUCUUUGCAACUUAUAACACGACUUUUGUCUUUCGGUUCUUCUGCACACACAAUUCUUAAUAAGAAAGAGUUCAACAGUAUUCAUGCUGUAGAUUCAGUUAUUUUUACCAAAUUUUUCGCACCAAUGACUUCACUUAUUGUUGAAGAUGUCAUCAGGAAUGAAUUGAGUCGUGCCACAGAUGAAUUUCUUGAUGAUCACCCCUUAAGCAGCUUUUGUUCAAUGCCCUCCGAAACAAUUAUUAGUUUUUUAAAAACUGAUCUGACUUGUGCAUUAAUAUGGAUGUAUUAUGCUAUGGAAAUGUUGCCGAAAAAGCGUCGACCUAUUGAUAUUAGUGGCUUAAAUCGUUAUUUGCAGAUUUUUCCGAAAUUAAAGGACAAGUUAGCAUAUCGUGAUCCAUGGGCUCAUCUUUUUGUGCAUCGUUUACUUCAGAUAAUCCCAUAUGCUAAUGUUCUUCAGAGUGAACUUAUAUAUAAUUCAAUUAUUACCGAUUACUUAAUGAAUGAAUUGGAGGUAAAUAGUGCUAUUAAAUAUCAUAUAUUGCGAAUUAUCAAUUCAGCUGCAGUACGUAUCGGUGAAACUCGAAUUUUAUCGUUGUUGGAAAAAAUAAGUCCGGAGCAAUUGUUUGAACCAGGAAUGGUCGAGGACGAAGAUAUGAAAAGGUAUAAAACAGAAUAUAAUCGGGUUCACUCUAAAUAUUACGAAAAACCAAACGAUACAGCCACAUCAGUUAAUUCAUAA